UCUUCUUCUCAUCCGAUCAUCGAUAAAAGAGGUACAGGUACAUCAGAAUCUAUCAAUGGUUCAGAAGGUUAUGAAUUCAGAUUCGAUUCGGUUUAUAAUCCUUAUAACUCAACUCAAGAUCUAUACCGUGGAAAUGUGAAGGAAGUCAUCAAGAGUUGUGUAAGAGAUGGUUAUAAUGUUACAGUCUUUGCUUAUGGUCAAACAGGUAGUGGUAAAACUUUUACAAUGAUGGGAUCAUCUCAAGAAGAUGAAAAUAAAGGAAUCGUACCUAGAUCGAUUGAAGAAGUCUUUCAAACUAUCUCUCAAGAAGAUCAAAAUCGUGAAUAUCUAUUAAGAGUUUCUUAUCUUGAGAUUUAUAAUGAAACUUUAAAAGAUCUUUUGUUAGAUCAUGAUCCUAGUACAAAUCCCAUCACACCUUCUAAACUCACCAUACAUGAAAAUCAUAAAGGUAGAGUUUAUGUCAAUGGAUUACGUGAAGAAGUCGUCACUGAUCCUUUACAGGUCAUCAAUACUUUACAAAAAGGUGAAAAGGCUAGACAUGUGGGUGCAACUGAUUGGAACGAACGUAGUUCUCGUAGUCAUACUGUCUUUACCAUGGUAUAUCCAGAUGAAUUAAAUCAAAUCGGAAUGCAAAUCUCACAAUUGAAUUUAAUUGAUUUAGCAGGAUCUGAAUCAGCAGCCAGUUCGAUUGAAAGACGUAAAGAAGGAUCAUUUAUCAACAAAUCAUUAUUAUCACUUUCAAAUGUGAUUUCAAAAUUAGCCAAAUCAGAACCACACGUACCUUUUCGUGAUAGUAAGUUGACAAGAUUACUUCAAACCAGUUUAGCCGGGAAUGCAAAAGUUGUGGUGAUCUGUGCUGUUUCGGCUAAUAAUGAGAGUGUAGCUGAAACAUUAAGUACAUUGAGGUUUGCAAGAAGAGCUAAGAUGGUUAUCACUAAGGCUGAA